GCAUUUUGUCCUAAAACAGUUUGGGCAUCAACUUCUCGGCGUCUCGCACCGCCGCGUGCCGCCGUCAACUCCGGUAUUUCCACCGGACCUGCAUUCUUCUCUGUAUACUAUAUAAAAUAACAAAAUCACAUUUUUACAACCCCACGCAAAAUCCUCCCUCUCUCUUUCUCGCUUUCUGUGCGUGUGUAACUGUGUAUAUAUAUGUAUAUGCAUAUACGUAUAUAUAUAUAUACACACACACAUCUCGCAUUCUCGCCCUUUCUCUUUCUCCUACCAAACAUUUCCGUAGCCGGAGGGCAUGGUCUUUUUGUCUGUUCGCGAAACCGCAAUUAGACAUUUAGACCCAUGCUAUGUUUUCUCUAUUCAGUUGUUGAAGAAAUUUCCUUUUUGAACAAAGAGAAAUCCCAUUGAUCAACUUUCAGGAGAAAAAAUUUUCAACCCAUCUUCCUAAAUUGUACGGUUCAGGAGAAAACAAGAAGAAACAAUGUUGUGUAAAGGGUCAAUCCUAUUUCCCCUUCUAACCAUCUUCCUCUUAUCUUCCUCUUUAUUUCUCUUAUCUCGUGGAGAAGAAGCAAAUCCAGGACAGAUAUCCCAUUUUUCUUAUUUCCACGCACCGAUCAUUAAGGGUGAAAGUUAUAGUGAUAAAGGUGUGAUUUUUGGGGAGAGAAUAAGGGUUCUUGCAGAAGGACCCAAUGGUGAGCCCCCAUUGAACUCAUCACUCGUCUUGGCUUCUAAAAGGACUUAUAGGAAAGAUCCUCUCAAUCAUUUCGAGAGAUAUUCAGGAGGAUGGAACAUUAGCAAUCGGCACUACUGGGCUUCUGUGGGUUUUACUGCAGUUCCAUUCUUUUUAGCUGGUUUGCUCUGGUUUGCAAUCUUUGGACUAUGUUUAUUGUUUAUUUGUCUUUGCUACUGCUUCUUCCGAAAGGAACCUUAUGGAUAUUCUCAAACAGCAUACGCUGUCUCUCUCAUCCUCCUCAUACUGUUUACUAUUGCUGCAAUAGUUGGGUGUGUUAUUCUGUAUUAUGGCCAGGGAAAAUUUCACAGCAGUACGGUAAAUACAUUAGGCUAUGUAGAACAACAGGCAAAUAUGACUGCAGAUAGUCUCAGGAAUGUGUCGGGGUAUCUGGCAGCUGCCAAAUACAUCGAAGUUGAUAAAUUUCUUCUUCCUGGUAAUGUCAAAGGUGACAUCGAUCACAUCCUAACCAAGAUCAACUCUUCUGCUAGUCAGCUUGCUGAUAAAACAUCAGAGAAUAAAGACGGCAUAGACAAAAUGAUAGAGUCUGUGAGAUUGGCUCUUAUUGUACUAUCUGCCGUUAUGCUUCUCAUGGCAUUCCUUGGAUUUGUGUUCUCAAUUUUCGGGAUGCAAUAUCUUGUGUACAUCUUGGUGGUCGUUGGAUGGAUUCUUAUAACAGCGAAUUUUAUUUUAUGUGGCAUUUUUCUUCUUCUUCACAACGUGACUGGAGAUUCUUGUGUGGCAAUGAAUCAGUGGGUCCAACACCCAACUUCUCACACGGCUUUAGAUGACAUUCUGCCAUGUGUCGACAACGCGACUGCACAAGAGACUUUGAAGAAAAGCAAAGAAGUCACACGCCAACUCGCUGAUGUUGUGAACCAGGUUAUCACCACUGUAUCUAACAAUAACUUCCCUCCAAACGCCGGUGUUUAUUACUACAAUCAAUCCGGUCCUCUGCUGCCGGUACUUUGCAAUCCCUACAAUGCUGACUUGACUGAUCGAGCAUGCAAUCCCGGAGAAGCUCACUUGAGAAAUGCAACAAAGGUGUGGAGAUCCAGUGUAUGCCAAGUCUCGCCUAGCGACAUAUGCAUAACAACAGGGCGUCUGACUCCGAAAAUCUACGGCCAAAUGGCUGCCGCCGUGAACGUGAGCUUCGGGCUGUACCAUUACGGCCAGUUCCUGGUCGAUCUGCAAGACUGCGAUUUCGUCAGAGUUACUUUCAACAAAAUAUACACAACGCACUGCCCUGGCUUGCGGCGCUACAGCCAGUGGGUUUACAUUGGACUGGUAAUUGUGGCUGUUGCAGUCAUGUUCUCUCUCACUUUCUGGGUCAUCUAUGGAAGAGAGAGGCGGCACCGCGUCUACACGAAAGAGCAUAACCCGACGAGGGAAGGCUUUGGAAGGGAGAAAUAUAUGGGAUAGUGAUCUGCCUGCAUAUAUGCAUAAUCUUCUUGCUGUGUAUCAUACACUGUUUGUGUUUGUGUGUGCAUAUGAAUGCAGUUUUUUUUUUGGAAGCUUAUUAGGCUGUUUUCUGGGUUGUAAGUUGUAACCAAAUUUAGCUUUAUCACUAGACUGUUGCAACCAUUAGGCCUCAAGAGCUGAUAGAUACAGAGAUUGUUUAUAUGUACUUCCAACAACCUUUGUUACCAUAAUCUUUACAACAAAGUUACUGUUUUUGUCCCAA